GAGCCGUCGAUGAUGACCCUCUCUCGACCAGACACCAGCUAUCCAUUUCUCGUCCCUAAGAAUGGCUGACCAUCCGUCCCCGGCAAUCGCAAUCGCAAGCGCAACCCAAGACACCCCGACCCCAAACCCGCCCUUCAAUCCUCCUCCCCAGAAACAGCCACCACCACCACCACAACCAACGCAACUCCAACCUCACCCCCAAUCGCAAGACCGCACCCGCGACUCCUCCCACGAAAAAACCAUGCCUCAAGACUCCGCCGCAAACACUCCCACCGCCGACUCCAACGCCGCCGGCACCCCGACAGCCACUUUUCCCACCACUACCAACAACACACCCGGCCUGGUCCGGCCCGGCGGCGCCCCGGCGAGAGUAUACAUGAAUGAGAAGAUAGUGCCAUACCUGCUGGAGGGGAUGAAGAGCGUGACGAAGGAGCAACCUCCCAACCCCCUCCGCGUCCUGGGCGAAUUCCUCAUCCAGAAGAGCAAUGAAAUCGAACAGCAGCAGCCUGGUACCACCAAGACACCGGAGUAAAUCGGCUCGCAUUGCGGCUUACUUACUUCCCUCUACUUGUUCUCCGAGGGACCAGUCCAUGUUGAGAACGCAGAUUCAAUCUAUUUGUUGAUCAUAUCGCACGUCUGCCUGGUUGUGUGUACCCGCUAGCUAGGUAGCAAGCGACUUACCUGCUGCGUGGGCGAGAUGGUGGGAGG